CCCUCAUUCCGCUGUGUUUUUGUCCAAAGAACCAAAUUCCUUUUUUCUUCUCUCUCUCGACGACUGAAUUUACCAGAUUGUCACCAAUCAUGGCGGCGGCUCCGGCUUCAUGGCAGCCCCGGGAUGAUGGCCUCGCCGGGAUCUGCGGUCUCCUCGAGCAGCAGAUUUCUCCUUCCUCCACCGUCGACAAAUCCCAGAUUUGGCAGCAGCUUCAGCACUUCUCUCAGUUCCCCGAUUUCAAUAACUACCUCGUCUUCAUCCUCGUUCGCGCCGAGGGUAGGUCCAUAGAGGUUAGGCAAGCUGCUGGGUUGCUUCUGAAAAAUAAUCUAAGGGGUGCAUAUGCAUCCAUGGCUCCAGAAAACCAAAAAUAUAUCAAGUCAGAGUUGCUGCCUUGUUUGGGAGCAGCAGACAGGCAAAUUCGGACAACAGUUGGAACUAUUAUAAGUGUUAUUGUUCAACUAGAGGGGGUCUCUGGAUGGCCUGAGCUUUUGCCAGCUCUUGUAAAUUGUUUAGACAGUAAUGACCUGAAUCAUAUGGAGGGUGCCAUGGACGCUUUGUCGAAGGUUUGUGAGGAUGUUCCUCAAGUCUUGGAUUCAGAAGUGCCUGGCUUAGCGGAACGCCCUAUCAACAUUCUCCUCCCUAGGCUAUUUCAUUUUUUCCAGUCGCCUCAUACCUCACUGAGGAAGCUUGCCUUGGGUUCUGUAAACCAAUAUAUCAUCAUAAUGCCUGCUGCUUUGUAUCAUUCCAUGGAUAAGUAUCUUCAGGGUUUGUUUGUCCUUGCAAAUGAUCCUGCUGCAGAAGUCAGAAAAUUGGUCUGUGCAGCAUUUGUACAGCUUAUUGAAAUCUGUCCCUCGUUCUUAGAGCCGCAUCUCAGGAAUGUCAUAGAAUACAUUCUACAAGUGAACAAGGACCCUGAUGAAGAAGUGGCUCUUGAAGCAUGUGAAUUCUGGUCUGCAUAUUGUGAUGCUCAACUGCCGCCAGAGAACUUAAAAGAAUUCCUGCCUCGUCUAAUACCAGUUUUGCUUUCAAACAUGGCUUAUGCAGAUGACGAUGAGUCACUUUUGGAAGCAGAGGAGGAUGAAUCUGAACCAGACCGGGACCAGGACUUGAAACCACGCUUUCAUACAUCGAAGUUUCAUGGAUCAGAGGAUGUUGAUGACGAUGACGAUGAUUCAUAUAAUGUGUGGAAUUUAAGGAAGUGCAGUGCAGCAGCUGUUGACAUUCUCUCUAAUGUUUUUGGAGAUGGGAUCCUUCCAACACUCAUGCCCCUUAUUCAGGCAAAACUGUCGACUGCUGGUGAUGAAUCUUGGAAAGAAAGAGAGGCUGCCGUUUUGUCUCUUGGAGCCAUUGCUGAAGGCUGCAUUAAUGGUCUUUAUCCUCAUCUCUCUGAGAUUGUAGCAUUUCUAAUCCCGCUUUUAGAUGAUAAGUUCCCUCUCAUUCGAAGCAUAUCUUGCUGGACUCUGUCUCGAUUUAGCAAGUAUAUAAUCCAGGAAAUUGGCCAUCAGAAGGGCUAUGAACAGUUCGAGAAAGUGCUUACGGGUCUUCUUCAGAGACUCUUGGAUACAAACAAGCGGGUCCAGGAAGCUGCUUGUUCUGCUUUUGCAACUCUUGAAGAGGAGGCUGCUGAAGAGUUAGUGCCUCACUUGGGAGUAAUAUUGCAGCAUCUAAUGUGCGCAUUUGGAAAGUAUCAGAGGCGGAACUUAAGAAUUGUUUAUGAUGCUAUUGGAACACUGGCAGAUUCUGUUGGAGGGGAGCUAAACAAGCCUGCUUGUCUUGAGAUUCUGAUGCCUCCACUUAUUGCAAAGUGGCAACAGCUUUCAAACUCAGACAAAGAUCUCUUUCCAUUGUUAGAAUGCUUCACAUCCAUUGCGCAGGCUUUAGGUGUGGGGUUCUCUCAAUUUGCUCCGUCUGUUUUCCAGAGAUGCAUGGAUAUCCUGCAGUCUCAACAACUUGCUAAGGUUGAUCCUGCUUCAGCUGGGGUUCAAUAUGACAAAGAAUUCAUUGUUUGUUCUCUUGACUUACUUUCUGGACUUUCAGAAGGGCUUGGCAUUGGGAUAGAGUCUCUGGUGUCACAAAGUAAUCUGAGGGAUAUGCUUCUCAAUUGUUGUAUGGAUGAAGCUCCUGAUGUGAGACAAAGUGCUUUUGCUCUUGUUGGUGACCUUGCAAGAGUAUGCCCUGUUUACCUGCAUCCUCGCUUGAGUGAAUUCCUUGAUAUUGCAAGCAAGCAACUGAAUAUAAACCUCCUUAGAGAUACCAUUUCUGUUGCAAAUAAUGCCUGCUGGGCCAUUGGAGAGUUAGCCGUCAAGGUCCGCCAGGAAGUUUCACCCGUUGUGAUAAAUGUCGUCUCUUGCCUUGGCCUGAUUCUUCAGCAUGGAGAGAAUAUACACAAGUCAUUGAUUGAAAACAGUGCAAUCACCCUUGGGAGACUCGCAUGGGUUCGUCCAGACCUUGUUGCACCUCACAUGGAGCACUUCAUGCAACCAUGGUGCAUUGCAUUGUCAAUGAUACGCGAUGAUAUCGAGAAGGAAGAUGCAUUCAGAGGGUUAUGUGCAAUGGUCAAAGUAAAUCCACAAGGGGCUGUAAAUUCGCUUGUUCAUCUGUGCAAAGCCCUCGCAAGUUGGCAUGAAAUAAGAAGCGAAGACCUCCAUAACGAAGUCUGCCAAGUUCUAAAUGGCUACAAACAGAUGCUGAGAAACGGGGCAUGGGAGGAGUGCAUGUCUGCUUUGGAUCCUCCUGUAAAGGAAAGGCUUGCAAGAUAUCAAGUGUAAGAUGAUGAGCACACACGCCAGUUUUAGUGUCCCCCAUUGGCAAUUUGUUUGUGUAUCUUCCCCCAGAUGAGAAAUUAUUUGGCUAUACGUUCUUCAUCAUUCACUUCAACGAUGGAGAAACCAUGGAGUUUGAGCUGCAGAGAUCAGCAUAUGAUCACCUCCUUUUUUGCAAGAUUUAUGGAAUAUGAAGGAUUCAAGACCAGAGAGAGAGAGAGAGAGUACAGGGGUCGUGUUGAACUCUCGAGACAAUGUGUUGGAUUUCUUUUCCUUCUGCUGCUGCUGCUGUUCUAUUAUAUCGUUUUCAGGGUUUUUCUUCCGGUUAUUUGAGGAAAGAUAGGAUCAGUUUCAUGAGGCAAGAUUGUUGUUCGAUCGGUUUUUGCCAUUUUGGUGUGAUUUGGUGUACCCACAGAGCGAAGAAAGUUUCAGAUUUUGGAUCCCACCUCUUGUGUGUGGGCUUUGGAUCUGUUUAUACUCCACAAAAUAAAAUUUUAAAAAAAAAAUUAUGAGUUUCUA